AUGGAUGAAAAUAGGCUCAGCUCCGAGAGGCGGUGCUAUCUAUAUCCGCGACGCCACGCCCAUCGGGAGCAAGAGGAGGAGGAGGAGGAGGAGUUAGGAAUGACGACGACGACGUCGAUCGAAAUCGACGUUUUGUCUCGCUUCGACUUCGAUCAGAAUCGUCGUCAGCGUGGUCGUAGCACAACACGACGAUGGGCGAACGGCCAUGGGAAGGCCGCGCCCAUUUUAAGACGACGAUCGUCUUAA